AUGGCAUCUGACCGCUCCUCUCCCAAUAACAACCAGAGACGCCAAUCAAUACCAUUGCAGGAUCUUUCACGACAGCCCGAUCAGACUUCUGAUAGUAACGAAGGAUGGAGCCAUGGCAGGAGUUCAAGGAGAAGGACACGGACACUGUUGGGCCAUCGUCGAUCAUUCAGCGGGAGGGUCAAUACAGCCUACGAACGGGUCAACGAGGGGUCUCCGCCUGCUCCUGCAGGGGAGAAUGUAGGCCUGCCUCAUGUCACGACACCCAGGAACGCUCACCAACCACCUGUAAGUUACGACGACGGAGAGGUUUCGCCGGUCAAUGCGGAAAACUUCCAGGCCGCGAUGGGAUCCGUUGGUCUAAGCUUCGAGCCUCCAGGACCCUCUAGGCCACCACCUGGAAAAAGGAGAAGCACACUGAACGUGAUCACGGAAAAUGAUGCGGUAUCCACAUAUUCGUUACCUACUUCUCAUCCAAUUGAUGAGGCCGAACAGGACACCUACUUUUCCCCGCAAGACACCGAUAGAACACCCCUGACCGACUCGAGAUUCCUGCAGCCUAUUGCUGGUGCAAGAGCACCUGGACCAGGGCUUCGUGCACCACCACCCAGUGUGGGCCACAGCAGGUCAGGUUCUCGACUCGGUGAUGAUUUGCCGCAUGUGGAGGCUGGGAUGGGUAGACCCUCUUCGACCAUGAGCACCAGAUCUCUAAGCCCGUCAACAGCAUCUAAUCCUUUAUCAAGAGCUGGAACUAUAUUGAGGCAAGCAUCUCAGCGAGUUGUCAAUCUCAGCAACGAGCCAGAUACCAUAGAAAACAGUGUGCGUCGAGAACGUUCGAUCAGGGAAGCCCGGAUGGAGGAACCACCAAGUUUCCCAGCUAUGCAAGACUACGCCCAUGAUGAAAGAUCAAGUCCUCCCCCAGAGAAAGCCCAACAGCUAGUAUCAACGAAUGAACGAGUGCCGCCGGAGCCGAAUCCGCUCAAAGGGAAUUCUCUCGGGAUAUUUUCUCCGGAUAAUUGGAUCCGACUGAAGCUCUGCGAGAUGCUUGUGCAUCCAGCCACCGAGCCCGUGAUCUUGAUUCUCAUUGUCGUUCAGACCAUACUCUUGGCUAUCGACUCGGCGAAACCUAUUAAAUAUACUUCAACAAAUGAGCCCCAGGCCUGGAAGGCAUCAUGGAUCAAUUUCGCCCUUCUCGCCCUGUUCUUCAUCUACACGCUAGAACUACUAGCACGAAUCAUUGUUUCUGGUUUGAUAAAGAACGCCGAUGAGUACAGUACUCUUGACAUCGCACGGGGCUUCAGAGCCGCUCUUAGCGAUAGGGUCCGGACUUUCUUUGCCCCCCAAAGACAUUUGACGGUAAGGGACGGGGUGAGGGAAGCCGGACAACAGCCAUCUAUUCUCCGCUCGUUUACAGGAGCGCAACUGCAUGUCGACCACCCAGGUCACUCACGUCAACAGCAAAGGGUUCGGCUGGCUCGACGAGCGUUUCUCCGCCAUGGAUUCAACCGUCUGGAUUUUGUGGCAGUUGUAUCAUUCUGGAUCAUGCUUGUCCUUUCUCUGACUAUGGUCGAGGGUAACCGUCACCUAUUUGUAUUUCGAAUGCUGAGUUGUCUACGCAUCCUGAGGCUUCUCGGGCUUACCAGUGGUACAUCGGUGAUCUUGAGAAGUCUGAAGAAAGCAGCGCCCAUGCUGGUCAACGUUGCUUUUCUCAUAGGCUUCUUUUGGCUUCUUUUCGCUAUCAUUGGGGUCCAGGCUUUCAAGUCAUCGCUCAAACGCACUUGCGUCUGGUUUCCGAACGCAACUGAAGUUCUCCUAAACCCUAAUAGUAACUACUCUAAAAGCAAUAUCACCAACAGUUACAAUCUGAAUGAUCCGAACAACCAAGUCCAGUUCUGUGGAGGGUAUAUCAGCCCUACUAACGGGUCAGAGAUGCCAUGGCUUAAAGCAGAUCUUAUACAGAACGGAACCGGAAAGCACAAAGGCUACCUUUGCCCGCAGAACUCACUUUGUGUGGAAGGCACAGGUCCGUACAAUGGGACGGUCAGCUUUGACAACAUAUUCCAGUCUCUAGAAUUGGUCUUCGUGGUCAUGAGUGCGAACACUUUCUCGGAUCUCCUCUACUACUGUACUGAUACCGACUUCCUUGCUGGAGCUCUAUUCUUCGCCUUCGGGAUUGUCGUUAUGAGUCUGUGGCUCAUGAACUUGCUUGUCGCGGUUAUAACAUCGUCCUUCCAGGUCAUCCGGGAGGAAAGCAAAACAAGUGCAUUCACAGUUGCUGAGCAAGAUCACUUCAUUGAAGAGGAAGAAGAGAUUCCAAAAAGGAGUGGUUUGAAGCGUGCGUACGACAUGACGGAAUGGCUAUGGAUUGUGAUCAUUCUUUUCGACCUUUUCGUGAUGUGCCUUCGAAGUUCCGACAUGAGCCAAAGCCGUCAACGUUUCAUCGAUGACACGGAGACGAUCGUAGCCUGUGUUUUAGUGUUCGAGAUCCUUCUGCGCUUUAUUGCUGAUUGGAGGAAUUUUCAUAAAAGCCAACGCAACUGGAUCGAUCUAGGCCUCGCGAUCAUUACCGCAGUCAUACAGAUUCCUUCUAUUCACGACUCGGGCGAAGCAUACGAAUGGCUCACAUUUUUCCAAAUCAUACGGAUCUAUCGCGUGGUCCUUGCGGUGUCGCUCACGCGCGAACUAAUCAAAAAGGUUCUGGGCAAUGUCUCUGGUCUACUGAAUCUAAUCGUAUUCGUGUUCCUCAUAACCUUCCUCACCGCAAUUUUUGCCGUUCAGAUCUUUCGCGGACAAUUCCCUUCUUACGACGGCAUCGGCGGCCCCGCUAUUCGCAUAACAUUCUCGGACAUCUACAACGGCUUUAUCGGCAUGUAUCAAGUUCUUUCGAGCGAGAACUGGACCGUACUACUGUAUAAUUCAACGCAGUAUGAGCUGAUCUGGGAUCAAGCUUGGAUAGGCGCCAUUUUCUUUAUUUCAUGGUUCAUCUUAGCAAAUUUUGUCGUAUUGAACAUGUUCAUUGCGGUCAUCCAGGAGAACUUCGACGUUUCGGAAGACGAAAAGCGCUUGCAGCAGGUCAAAGCUUUCCUUCAACAGAAAGAGCUUGGAGGUUCGUCCCAAGGCAACCUGUCGUUGUCGACUAUCUUCAAGCUCGGUCGAGACACAAGUCGGCACAAGGAUCCUCUUGAUUUUGGUCCUGCCACAAUGGAAAUGCUACUUCAGGAGGCCGUGUUUCGAGAUUUUCUCGACGAGCAUAUGGAGCCUGUGGAGGAGUUACACGAAGACGACGACCCGAUCACUGGCCGUCCAGUAGGGCAUGUCAAGCCUGGGCUGCUCUCGGUUCUGUGGGGUAAGCUUCUCAAGAUGUUCGGUGAUCAGGAGCCAAACCCUUUCUACUCUCGCUUGCAAUUCUCCAGAGGAGACGAGGUAGAUAUACGGACAAGAGCAAGAGAGGUUGUCUCGGCUACCGAACAAAGAAAGCGAGCUCAGCGUCAGUAUCUGCAAAGGCACCCGAGAUAUAAUGUAUCUCUUUUCAUCUUUGGUCCCCGCAAUCCCAUACGAAGAUUGUGUCAGGGUAUCGUUGGUCCUGGUCGGGGCAGCCAACGUAUCGAAGGUAUCGAUCCAGUCAAACCUGUUUGGUAUGCCUUCUCGGCGUUCAUCUAUGCUGCUAUCGUGGCCAUGGUUCUCCUGGCUUGCGUUUCGACUCCGCUAUAUCAGCGAGAAUACUUCCUAAAGCUUGGUCACUAUACCUCAAGAAGUUGGUUCGUCUGGACUGAUAUGGGGUUUGCAUGUGUGUUCACCCUCGAAGCCCUCAUCAAGAUCAUUGCCGAUGGGUUCUUUUGGACGCCAAAUGCUUACUUCCGAAGCUCUUGGGGUCUCAUCGACGGCCUUGUCCUGGUCACGCUAUGGAUCAAUGUCAUCACUUCACUCUACUCGGAUGGGGCUGUUUCGCGCGCUGUGGGAGCCUUCAAAGCUCUCAGGGCCCUGAGGCUGCUAAAUGUGAGCGAUAGUGCGAGAGACACGUUCCACUCGGUGAUAGUCUUGGGAAUUUGGAAGGUCGUAUCCGCCGCUUUUGUGUCUCUCAGCUUGCUCUUUCCUUUCGCUAUCUAUGGCCUCAACCUCUUCAAUGGGCGGAUGCGAGGGUGUAACGAUCCCAGCAUAAAUACCCUUGACGACUGCGUCGGCGAAUACAAUAGCACCCCUUACAACUGGAAUGUGUGGGGACCGAGACAAAGUGCAAACCCAUACUACAACUUCGACACAUUCGGAAGCUCGCUCAGCAUACUCUUCCAAAUCGUGUCCCAAGAAGGGUGGACAGAUGUGAUGUGGACAGCAAUCUAUUCGGGUGGUCGUGGAGUAUCCGCCACCGCCAUCCCAUCUUACAAUUCCCAGGGCAAUGCUGUGUUCUUCAUUGCGUUCAAUCUCUUGGGAGCCGUCUUCGUGCUGACUUUGUUUGUCUCUGUGUUUAUGCGCAAUUACACGGAACAGACAGGAGUCGCAUUCUUGACAGCCGACCAGCGAUCGUGGCUGGAAUUGCGAAAGCUCCUACGGCAAAUCUCACCGUCGAAGCGCCCAUCAAGUAAGUCAGAAUCCGGCUUUAGAGGCUGGUGCUACAGAAUCGCUGUCAAGAAACAUGGAAGGUGGCAAAGGUUGCUUACCACGAUCCUAUUUCUCCACCUUGUUUUGCUGGUCACGGAAUUCUACCCCGAACCCCUGUGGUGGCAGCAUUUGAGAGACUACAUAUUCUUGGCCUUCACAGUUGUGUAUAUAGCUAAUGUCCUUGUACGCGUCGUCGGACUUACAUGGAAGAGAUUCAGUAGGAGCUCCUGGGACCUCUACUCGAUUCUCUCCAUCACCGGCACUGUCAUCACGACGCUCCUCGACCUCUCCAAGUACAACGACCAGACUUACAGUCAGCUCCACAAGCUAUUUUUAGUGUCAAUUGCCCUGCUGCUCAUUCCUCGCAACAAUCAGCUUGACCAGCUUUUCAAGACAGCGGCAGCUUCCUUGUCUGCUAUUGGUAAUCUACUGGCGACUUGGUUUGUGCUGUUCCUGGUAUACGCAAUUGCCCUUACGCAGACCUUUGGUCUUACCAGGUUCGGCAAAUUAGAGAAUGUAAACAUCAAUUUCCGCAAUGUUCCUAAAGCUCUUAUCCUGCUCUUCAGAAUGAGUAUGGGUGAAGGUUGGAAUCAGAUCAUGGAAGACUUCGCAACCAUCACUUAUCCCAAUUGCGUCGCGUCCCCCUUGUUCUACGAAAGCGAUUGUGGCAGCGCCGUAUGGGCUCGGGCUCUGUUCAUCUCUUGGAACAUCCUGAGUAUGUACAUCUUUGUCAGUUUGUUCGUGUCAUUGAUCUUCGAGAGUUUCUCGUACGUGUACCAAAGGAGCAGCGGGCUAGCUGUGAUCAAUCGGAAGGAGCUCCGCAGAUUUAAACAGGCCUGGGCUACUUACGAUCCUGAGGGCACCGGUUGGAUUUCCAAGGACGUCUUCCCUCGGUUGCUCGGAGAACUGUCGGGCGCUUUUGAGAUGCGCAUUUAUGCCGGCAGCGAACAAUCCGUACACCGCAUUCUUGAGAAUUGCACUGUUGAGACAAGAGGCAACGAAACCCCUCCGCCAGGAGUCAUACACGGCGUCGACCUCGCUCAGCUUAACCACGAGCUGAGCAAAAUCGACGUUGUGGACACAAGACGUCGGCGGAACCGCAUGGAGGUAUUCUUUCAGGAAAUGAUGGUCUCCGCCCAUCCCGACCGCGGCAUCAAUUUUACAUCCUGUCUCAUGAUCCUUGCUCAUUACAAUGUCAUCUCGGACAGCAAGUCCUUACGGUUAGAAGAAUACCUCCGCCGGCGUGCUCGUCUGCAACGAGUUGAGGAGGAAGUCCGCCGUCGUGUCGUCAAGGGCUUCUUUGACAUGAUGUUCUGGUCUCGCCAGUUCAGAUCGCGUCUCGACUUCCGUCAUUCGGCCCGCAUGGUUAACAUUCCACAAUUCGCUGUGCCAGAGAUCUUCGUCGACGACCAAGACGCCAUCUCUCCGCAAGAUCCUGCCACUCCUGGGCCAUUCGCGAGUAUGUCUCAAGCCAGUCCAAGAGGCCGUCCCUCACUCGAUACCAGUGGUCUCCGACAUCGCGGCGACUCUGGCUCGCCCUCACGAUCAGAUAACAGCGGCAAUGUUAGUCCUUCGCUUACUCCACAGAGAGAUCUCGGGCACUCGCCGUCACCUUCGCGCGACAGUCCGUUUCAAUGGGGUUAUGAUGGCGCAGGGGACGAUCGUUCGCCGGUGGCCGGAAGGAGUAGAGCCAAUAGUUCGGUCGACAGGCAGAACGUGCUCGAUACUUUCGAUAACAGCGCUUGGGGUGAGAGUAUAAGGCGCAGCUUUACGACAAGAAGGACUGGCACAAGGGCACCGGCUCCGAGUCGUACUGCUACAAGGAGGAGGGGCAGUCGAAGGGUGACUCCAGAUCCGCCACAUCGAGCGGAACCAUGA